UUGCCCCGCUACGUCAGUCGGGAUGGAAUAUAAAUAGGCGAGGCUCCCCAGCAGCUGACAGUGAAGUUUCCUCCACCGACUCGACACAAUGAACGCUAAGAUCUUCCUCCUGCUGAGUGUGGUGGCCGUGGCUGCUGCUGACAGGCGCCCCUCUUUCUCUUACUCCGCUCCUCGGCACUCAUCUGAGGAGAGCGGUCCUGCUAAGUACAACUUCCAGUGGGCCGUCAACGACGCCCCCUCAGGCAACGACUUCGGUCACCAGGAGAACCGUGACAACGACAACACCCAGGGGUCGUACACCGUGCAGCUUCCCGACGGUCGUCUUCAGACCGUGAAAUACUACGUGGACGGUGACUCAGGCUAUAUUGCUGAUGUGGGUUACCAGGGUGAGGCUCGCUACCCCGACUCUGAUGAAGUCAGGUCCUACACCCCACCCAGACCCAAGUACGGAUAAGACCCCGGCCACUGUCUUUUUGGGAUGAUUUUUUUCUCCCUUUACACAUCCCUGAACCUGGAAAUACUCAACCUACAAUGUAUGUAAGCAAUUAUUUAUUACGAUGUUGAAUAAAUAAAUUUUCAUAUCA